UUGCUUUUUCUUCAUCAACUUGUAUUUCAGAGGCGAAGGGUAAACUUUAGUGUUUUGGUGUUGAGUAUACUGCUUGCAACGGUAUCACUUUUGUUGUGUUCAUUCAUUAUUUAUAGCAUAUUAUUCAGUCAUCGAUCUCAGCUUUUAAACAUAACAUCAACGGAGUCACUUACAGUUGAUCGUGAACAACGAAAAAAAGCAGAAAUUGAAGUAAAUGCAAGCUAUUUGUUAACGUUGUUGAUAACAAAACGUAAAGUAUGCGUUUUAGAAGCAAGUACCGAUCGACUGGAAAGUAGCAAGCAUGAGUUUCUUGUUGAACAUAUCGAAUCAGCACGUCUACUAUCCUAUCAGAAUCUUAGCCAUAACGGUGCUCCAGUUCAUCCACUGCAAUUUCAACGUCUUGCUCGAAGUUUGGGUAUUGACACAGAUUGUCAUGUUAUUAUAUACGACAGAGGCGAAAUGAUAUGGGCAACUUACGCUCAUUGGAUAUUUACACUAUUCGGCCACGAAAAAGUUUCUAUACUUGCUGGUGGCUUCGAACGUUGGAAAGUGAUGCAAAAAACAUCACCGCAGUACCGAACGGUUAGCGGUUUAGGCACUUUUGUACAAAGAAUGGGAAAUUUUCAAGCCACGUGGAAGAAAGAGGUAAUUUGCACAUUUGAUGAUGUCAUAACGAAUUCGGAGUUGAAAACUUAUUCUCUAGAAUAUGACGGAUAUGGCAAAGGAGCAAUAUUUGGUCAUAUUCGUUCAGCAGUUAAUAUUCCGAUUGAUACUGUUUACAGUUGGACACAACAGAAGUGGAAGGACAAUCGGGAAUUGGAAAAGAUUUUUACUGAACAUGGCAUUGAACGUUCGCAGCCAGUGAUAGUUUACUGUUCUACGUCGAUCCGGGCUAGCAUGAUCUGGUUUGCUCUACAGAAAGCGGGCUAUUCAGCAGCUAUUUAUUUUGGUUCUUGGCCUGAAUGGUUAAUUAAAGCGCCUGAUUAUCUAAAGAUUAUUUCUGACAAAAUUUUAAAGACAGAAACAUAG